UGCCCGGGUUGGGCUCCCAGCCCCACGGCCCAAAUCUGACUCCACCUACAUCCUGCAGGGCCCGUUCGUAACCCCUGCGCCCAUCCCCACCCACUCCUCUUCCUCGCCCGCCGUAUCGUAAGCCGCCGGCCGCCGGCCGCCGAAGAUGGCGCGCCUCCUCGCCGUCCGGGGCAUCUCCUCGUCGCCGCACCUCGCGUGGAGGGUAAAGCAAACAGAGAAUGAGAUUGUCCAGAUGUUCCAGCCCCCGGUUCGUCAGAGUGAGGAGGCAGUAGCAACCACUGGACCAAGGUACACGCAUUCCAUACGAGUCAUGGAUGAGAGAUUCAUUAGGAUCCUGAAGAUAUUCAAGUGGGGCCCUGAUGCUGAGAAGGCGUUGGAGGUAUUAAUGAUGAAAGUUGAUCACUGGUUGGUAAGAGAGGUUAUGAAAACCGAUGUCGGGGUCAGUGUGAAGAUGCAAUUUUUCAGAUGGGCAGCAAGGAAGAGGAAUUACGAACACGACACAUCCACUUACAUGGCAUUGAUACGUUGUUUAGAGGUAGUAGAGCAGUAUGGUGAAAUGUGGAAAAUGAUCCAAGAAAUGGUACGGAAUCCUGUAUGUGUUGUCACGCCGAUGGAGCUAUCAGACAUCAUCCGGAUGCUGGGGAAUGCCAAGAUGAUCAGUAAGGCAGUUGCAAUCUUUUACCAAAUCAAGGCACGAAAGUGUCAACCCACUGCUCAGGCAUAUAAUAGCAUGAUAAUCAUGUUAAUGCAUGAGGGGGAGUAUGAGAAAGUGCAUGAACUUUACAAUGAGAUGAGCAACGAGGGCCAAUGCUUCCCAGACACCGUGACUUACAGUGCACUCAUUUCUGCUUUCUGCAAACUUGGUCGCCAGGAUUCAGCAAUUUGGUUGUUGAAUGAGAUGAAGGACAAUGGAAUGCAGCCAACUGCUAAGAUAUAUACCAUGCUAAUGGCUUUGCUCUUUAAAUUGGACAAUGUUCAUGGAGCAUUGAGUUUGUUUGAAGAGAUGAGGCAUCAGUACUGCCGGCCAGAUGUGUUUACUUACACUGAAUUAAUCAGGGGACUUGGUAAAGCUGGGAGAUUUGAUGAAGCAUAUAACUUCUUCUAUGAAAUGCGACGAGAAGGCUGCAGGCCAGACACAGUUCUUAUUAACAAUAUGAUAAAUUUCUUGGGUAAGGCUGGUCGUUUGGAUGAUGCUAUGAAGUUGUUUGAGGAGAUGAAGACAUUAAGGUGUAUUCCUAGCGUGGUGACCUACAACACUAUAAUUAAAGCACUUUUUGAAUCUAAAUCUCGUAUUUCUGAGAUUUCAUCAUGGUUCGAGAGAAUGAAGGAAAGUGGAAUCUCCCCUAGUCCAUUCACCUACUCAAUCUUGAUUGAUGGAUUCUGCAAAACCAACAGGACGGAGAAGGCUAUGAUGCUGCUGGAGGAGAUGGAUGAAAAGGGCUUCCCUCCAUGUCCAGCAGCAUAUUGCAGCCUGAUUGAUGCUCUUGGAAAAGCCAAACGGUAUGAUCUUGCACACGAGCUAUUUCAGGAACUAAAAGAAAAUUGUGGCUCCUCUAGUGCUCGAGUGUAUGCGGUGAUGAUAAAACACUUAGGGAAGGCUGGGCGGCUUGAUGAUGCUGUAGAUCUGUUUGAAGAGAUGAACAGACUUGGUUGCACUCCUAAUGUUUAUGCUUACAACGCCCUCAUGUCUGGAUUGGCAAGAGCAGGCAUGCUUGAUGAAGCCCUUACUACAAUGAGAAGAAUGCAAGACCAUGGGUGUAUUCCUGAUAUCAAUUCAUACAAUAUUAUCCUGAAUGCACUGGCAAAAACAGGAGGUCCUGAUCGUGCAAUGGGGAUGCUUUCUAAUAUGAAACAGUCUGCAAUAAAACCAGAUGCUGUGUCAUAUAAUACUGUUCUUGGUGCCUUGAGUCACGCAGGCAUGUUUGAGGAGGCAGCUAAAUUGAUGAAAGAGAUGAAUGCGUUAGGAUUUGACUAUGAUCUUAUUACAUAUUCAUCUAUACUUGAGGCGAUUGGAAAGGUUGAUCAAGAGUGAACUGAAAAUGUUUUUGUGCAGCACUGCAACUGUUCGAUAUAAAAAGCUUCCUUUUGUGCCACUCAAGUAAACUGUUACUUGGUAAAAUCAUGGAGGACAGCAGCUAGUCAAACGUAGAAGAAUCACUUUCAUCCAUUAAGAUGCGAGGGCUGUUGCUGAAAAGUUGAGACCAUUUGUGAAAAGUUAACUGCUGUAUGUUGAGAGUUUUUUCUUCAGCAAUCACCAGUGGAGUGCGCAUGCUACAGUUCCUGAAGUUAUGGCUUCCAAAAUUGGCAUAGCCGGCAAACGUGCCUAAUCUUUCCAGCUACUGUGUGCACAGGGGCUUACCUGUGGGCUGCCAUUGUUUCAUUGCUAAGUGUUUGAAGCCUUCCGAAACCAGUAAAGAACCGGCAAUGCCAUAAAAACAUGGUAGGCCAAGUCCAGAAUCGAGAUAUGUCUUUGGCGUCUGUUAAAUUUGUGUUACUAUAGAAGCUUCCAUGGCGUUUGUAAGAAAUGGUGUUACUAUAAAAGCUACUGUGGUCUUUGCUAUCAGCUAGGGUUUCAAAUCAACAAGGUUACUGCAAAAAAUGGUGUUACUAUGCGCUUGUUGCUCAUGCGGAUUGAAUACCUGCCCAUAACAAGGCUCACGGUGCAUGCGGCAGCAAGGCUGAUGCUUUUGCUGGGCAUCUGGAAACCUAUCCUUUUGGGGGUUUUCGUUUCUGCAACAGGAUGUUAUAUCGUGAGACUCUGUGUUUUAUUCCGUUAUUUUUUUAUAGUGGAACCCUAUCCAUUUUGGAUCGAAUGUAAAACAUAAUAACAAGGCUCACCGAGGAGCAUUGUUGGCUA